AUGGAACGUUAUGAUCGCGCAAUCACAAUCUUCUCACCAGAUGGACACUUGUUCCAGGUGGAAUAUGCUCAAGAAGCGGUCAAGAAAGGCUCAACUGCGACAACAGCGAUACCAAAAAUUAAGGUUGGUGUACGCGGUAAAAAUUGCGUUGUAAUUGGUGUAGAGAAGAAAUCAAUCCCAAUGCUGCAGGAUGAUCGCACUAUUCGUAAGAUCCACAGUAUUGAUGAACAUGUUAUGCUUGCAUUUGCGGGUUUGAGUGCCGAUGCACGUGUUUUAGUAGAUAGAGCAAGGAUUGAAUGCCAGUCAUAUAAGUUAACUCUCGAAGAUCCAGUUACUGUUGGCUAUAUUGCACGAUUUAUAGCAAAUACUAAACAGAGAUUUACGCAAAGUCCAGGGAGAAGACCUUUUGGCAUAUCAAUGCUUAUUGGUGGUUUCGAUUUUGACGGAACUCCUCGACUGUUUAAAACAGAACCUUCUGGAGCCUAUUAUGAAUAUUCUGCGAAUUCAACAGGUCGAGGUGAAAAACCAGUUCGAGAAUAUUUGGAAGAACAUUACAGUGAUGAAACAACAGCUGAUGAAACUGGCGUACUGAAGCUGGUAGUGAAAGCUUUAUCGCAAGUAGUUCAAAGCGGUGUGCAGAAUAUUGAAAUCGCAAUCAUGAAACCAUCUACUGAACCGGGACAUACUGUAGAUUAUCGUAUUCUUCCAGUCGAAGAAGUAGAGGAAUUAAUAAAAGUUGUUGAUGCCGAAAAAGUUGAAGCUGAAGCGGAGGAGGCGGCAAAAAAGGCUGCGGGAUCAAAGUGA